GAAGGCUGUCACAGUCUCGGCUAGUCCCAAUGAUAAGGAUGUCUACAAACACUUCAACGAUUGGGUUCAAACGACUGAUAAAAUGCCUAAUGUUAUGUCGAUGCAGACUGCGGCUUUGUGGGAUGUGUUGGCUGUUGCUAUGGAUGCAGAACUCGUGGACCUCGCACCUUCGGUGGAAGACGUGUUCAAAUACAUUAUUGCACAUCCGGCUCUACAUCAGACCAAAUGCCGCUUCGUCAUCAACUCGGAUUGGGGAGAAAUGGGCCUCUUGACUCCAUCAGCCUUCAUUCGUCCAGACCCGGAGAACCCAGCCGGAAGUGAAUUUCUCGUUACCACAACAAAGGUUUCGUGGGGACGGGAGCAUUCUUUUCAAUAUGAACGGGACAAAACUGUCGACUUCAUUAUUGAGAACGACGGAUCUCCUAUCGACAUCAUGCUGUCACACGGUAGCAACGGCGAUCAAGUCGGUAGUGGUAAAUGCCAGGUCAGCUUCACCAAUAAAGCAUACGAAAACGCAGGUAUUAAAGGCAAUAACUGGAAUUCGCAAUGGUUUUAUGGAUGUGACGUUAAUCAAUCCGAGUCGUAAUUGAUUUAUCUUCUCAUACUCGGUUUCAGCCGCUCGUCGUGAACAGCUAUGCCGGAGAGGCCCAGCUUUGGCGCAGUUGCCCAAGUGCUUCUACCACGGUAAACUCACUUUAUUUCAUCACACUAAUGUGACCAGCAACCUCCUCUGCUA